AUGAACAUAUCCCACUUCCGUCGUGCGGCUCCUAAGCCUACUCGAAAGACUGCUGCUGAACCAAUCGACAUCAUACUAGAUGAGCCUACCGAUACAUGCGCAAUGGCUGAAGAGAAAGCCGCAGAAAUCAUCGAAGCUGAGAACGAGAGGCUCGACCAACUGAUGAUAGAGUUCACCAGAGGCUUUGAUCCCGGAAUCUUCGCUGACGAGAUAUCUUACGCGCUCCCUAAGGUUCUCCAAGAUGUUUUCCCCGGCUCUUACGGGCAUCUUCUAAGCAUGUUAUUUGAAAGCGAUGCCAAGAUGCAUGCUACCCAAGUCAAACUCGAGACAUGGCUUCUAGAGCGCUAUCCUCAAGUGCUCAAUAAGAUCACUCAACGCGGCGAGACUAAUAUAACCGACGAGACGUACUUUGGGGCCGAAAUCGAGAUUCUUCGAAAGCUGUUGGCAUAUCUGCGCAAGGAGACGGACAAACCAGUCUUUUGGCUCAAUUCUCGGCGUGCGAGCCCUACUAAAGCUCGCCAGCAACUUGAAGCGUCUGUCAGAGUGAUUGAGCUGUUCAAAAACGAUGUUAUGGCUGCUAUGAGGUCAGACACCGAAGACAGGAAGAUCUAUAAUCCUCUUCCCGUUUCCGUGGAACGCACUGCCCUACUAAGCAUCAAACAACUUCGAAUUGAUGCAUGCAAGGCUUCGCUUUCCUGGGACGGCUAUAUGGAUUCUGCCAUAGUUCUUACAUCAUUCUUUCAUGCCUAUAAGGCCUAUACCUGCAAGCACAAGCCAGACAAGGCACGUGCAUGGGGCUGGCUUCCCCCAAGAGGGCUUGCGCCACCACCUUUAUCCGCUGAGAAAGCCAAGGUGGGGGAUCUUACUGAAUGGUCUUUCAAAUGCAAGAAGAAUGGAGCAUUCGAUUUGCUACUCAAGACUGCUCUUUGGCUUGGCAUGGCAAGAGGUCUCCCAGCCGUACAUCUCUUUUGUGACGUCGCCAGACUUUUUACUACGCAUAUGCCAUCCAAAAAAGCCAAUGAGACGUACAUCCGAUUCUUGCGGCAUUUGACCCAGACCAGGGUCUCCAUAGGGGGAAUCAAGUCCGCACCUCCAACGCCUAUUCCUUUCAAGAAAAAGUCCGAGGCGAAGUCAAAUGAUGACUAUUUUGAGGACGUGUGGAGAUCGGAUAAAGAUCUAGCGAAGGACCUAGCGAAGAACUUAUCUCUGUUCGAUAUGAAAACCGCCAAAGAUUUCAAGCUGACUACAGCUCCUCCUCGACGCUCAUUCCGCAAGAAGGCGCAGAUGAUUGAGCAAGCUUGUGUUGUGGAGGAAACUUUCACUGAUGUUUGGCCUCAAAAGGAUCCGGCAAGUUGA